CGCAGCGCUGCAGGCCGAGCCUUGUUGGAGAGGACCCCAGGCUCGGUGGCGAAUCCGAGCCUGAGCGGCGCCUGAUCCAGGAGGCGAGAGAACUGGGAAGCGGCGUGUGGCGCCGUUGAGGGCGCUGCUCCGCGCGCUCUCAGGCUGCCCCAGGCCCUGGGCUCUUGUAAAGAUCAGCGCCCGGGGCCGAAGAGCGGGGGCAGGUGGGGCUCUGCCAGAGCUCGAUCCCGACGCGGUGUCUUGAGUCAUAGGGACAGCCUUGGGCACUGCCUGCCCGAGCGGAGAUCCGAGUUUACCUCGCGCGCGGGCUCAGGCCCCUAACGCGGUUGAGGCGGCCCCGGGAGCAUGAGCGGGCAGCGCGUGGACGUCAAGGUGGUGAUGCUGGGCAAAGAGUACGUAGGCAAGACGAGCCUGGUGGAGCGAUAUGUGCAUAACCGCUUCCUGGUGGGGCCCUAUCAGAACACCAUCGGGGCCGCCUUCGUAGCUAAGGUGAUGUCCGUCGGAGACCGGACGGUCACUUUGGGUAUUUGGGACACAGCAGGCUCUGAGCGCUACGAGGCCAUGAGCCGAAUCUACUAUCGGGGUGCCAAGGCUGCCAUCGUCUGCUAUGACCUCACAGACAGCAGCAGCUUUGAGCGGGCAAAGUUCUGGGUGAAGGAACUGCAAAACCUAGAGGAGGGUUGUCAGAUCUACCUGUGUGGCACCAAGAGUGACCUGCUGGAGGAGGACAGGCGGCGUCGACGUGUGGACUUCCACGAUGUCCAGGACUAUGCAGACAAUAUCAAAGCUCAGCUCUUUGAAACAUCCAGCAAGACAGGCCAGAGUGUGGACGAGCUCUUCCAGAAAGUGGCAGAGGAUUACGUCAGUGUGGCUGCUUUCCAAGUGAUGACAGAGGACAAGGGCGUGGACCUGGGCCAGAAGGCAAACCCCUACUUCUACAGCUGUUGUCAUCACUGAGUCACCAAUCAUCUGGCCCCAGGGGAAUUAAAGGAAUUUCUCCCCCGUCUCCCAACCGAGGGACUGGACCUAGCUCUUGUCUGGGCUUGGGUGGUCAAAUAUGUGCACUAUCCCAGGUCCCUAUGGCAGCAGAGGGGGCACAUGCCUGUGCUGGCCCGUGGAACGGACGCAGCAUUGGGCUGAUGAGCAUUAGGAGGGCUGAUUUGGACCCCAGGCUUCUGCCCUGGACAGCACUUGUGUCUGCAGAUUACUUACUUAAGUGGCUUCUGAUUUGUAAAUAAAAUCAAUGCACUGUGAAUCACA